CCCGCCGAGCCGCCGCCGGUGGCGCCGCCCGUGCCGCCGCCAUGGCCGGUACCGGAGCCCGGUGGAUGCCGCUGGCGCUGUGUCUGGCUGUCACCGUGUCACCGGGACGCACCGGAGAGCAGCUACACGUCUGCAAGGAGUCCGAGUACCACUACGAGUACACAGCCUGUGACAGCUCAGGAUCGCGCUGGAGGGUGGCUGUACCACACACACCUGGACUCUGCACUGGCCUGCCUGACCCUGUCAGGGGCACUGAAUGCUCAUUCUCCUGCAAGGCGGGUGAGUUCCUGGAGAUGCAGACGCAGACAUGCCGGCCCUGCGCUGCGGGCACCUACUCGCUGGGCACUGGUGUCCGCUUCGAUGAGUGGGACGAGGUGCCCCAUGGCUUCGCCAACGUGGCCACCAACCUGGAGGUGGAUGACAGCUUUGGCGAUGCGGCAGAGAACUGCACCGCGUCAACGUGGGUGCCACUGGGGGACUACGUGGCCUCCAACACAGACGAGUGCACGGCCACCCUCAUGUAUGCUGUGAGCCUCAAACAGUCGGGGACUGUCACCUUCGAGUACAUCUACCCUGACAGCAGCAUCGUCUUCGAAUUCUUCGUGCAGAACGACCAGUGCCAGCCCACGGUGGAGGAGUCCCGCUGGAUGCGGACGACAGAGAAGGGCUGGGAAUUCCACAGCGUGGAGCUGAGCCGUGGGAACAACGUGCUGUACUGGCGGACCACCGCCUUCUCCGUCUGGUCCAAGGUGCCUAAACCGGUGCUGGUGAGGAACAUCGGCAUUACAGGGGUGGCCUUCACUUCGGAGUGCUUCCCCUGCAAGCCCGGCACCUUCGCUCCCGCUGCCGGCUCAGCCGCCUGCCAGCCCUGUCCCGCUGACACCUUCUCUGGCAAAGGGGCCACCGCCUGCCAGCCCUGCGACCCUGACACCUACGCCGAGCCCGGCUCGGGGUCCUGCAAGCCACGCCCGCCCUGCACGGACAAGGAUUUCUUCUACAUCCACACGGCCUGCGAUGCCCGUGGGGAGACCCAGCUGAUGUACAAGUGGGCAGAGCCCAAGAUCUGCAGUGAGGAGCUGCCGCAGGCGACCCGGCUGCCAUCCUCGGGGGUCAAGACACGAUGCCCCCCCUGCAACCCUGGCUUCGCCAAAGGCAACAGCAGCACCUGCCAGCCCUGUCCCUAUGGCUUCUAUUCCAAUGGCUCCGCCUGUCUCAGUUGCCCAGAGGGCACUGAGCCAGUGCUGGGCUUGGAGUACAAGUGGUGGAACGUGCUGCCUCCCAACAUGGAGACCACCGUGCUCAGCGGCAUCAACUUCGAGUACAAGGGCAUUGCAGGCUGGGAGGUAGCUGGGGACUACAUUUACACGGCAGCUGGAGCCUCUGACAGCGACUUCAUGAUCCUCACGCUGGUGGUCCCUGGCUUCAGCCCUCCAAGCCCAGUGCUAGAGGACACAGAGAGCAGGGAGGUAGCCAGGAUCACCUUCGUUUUCGAGACGCUCUGCAGCGUUGGCUGUGAGCUCUACUUUAUGGUGGGUGUCAACUCACACACCAACACUCCGGUAGAGACAUGGACAGGCUCCACAGGGAAACAAUCCUACACCUACCUGGUGGAGAAGAACGCGACCAUGAGCUUCACUUGGGCCUUCCAGCGCACCCCCUACCACGAGGCGGGCCGGCGGUUCACCAGUGAUGUGGCCAAGCUGUACAGCAUCAACGUCACCAAUGUGCAGGGGGGGGUGGCCUCCUUCUGCCGCCGCUGUGCCCCCCAGCCCACUGGGUCCUGUGCCCCGUGUUCCCCUGGCAGUGCUGUGGACCCCAGCUCGGGCACCUGCCAGCCCUGCCCGCCUGGCACCUACCUGCGGGGCCACCCCUCCGACGGGACACCCACCUGCCACCCCUGUGGCCCUGGCACACGCAGCAACCAGCUGCGAUCGCUAUGCUACAACAACUGCAGCCUGGCACUGGCACUGCCAGGCCGGAUGCUGCACUUCGAGUUCCCGUCGCUGGGCCAAGGUGCCGGGGUGGGCACCGGGCCCGGCUUCACCCCCAAAGGGCUGCGCUACAGCCAUCACUUCCGCCUGAGCCUCUGUGGGCACCAGGGCAGGAAAAUGGCCUCAUGUGCAGACAAUGUCACGGCAGGUCUGGGGGGCCCUGCCCGGGUGGUCACCUCUUAUGUGUGCCAGGCCAUUCUGGUGCCCUCCGAUGUCACCGGUGCCCGCACAGCUGUGUCUUCUCAGCCUGUCAGCCUGGGUGACCACCUGCUGGGUGUCACCACCAGCUCCGUGCUGGACGGCAUCGUGUCUCCCCCAGAGCUCUUCCCCCCCAGCCACCCUGACCUGCCUGACAUCAUCUUCUUCUUCAGGUCCAACGACAUGACACAGCCCUGCAGUGGUGGCCGGGCCACCACCAUCCGCCUACGCUGUGACCCCCUGCGUGUCGGCAUUGGCACCCUGGCUGUCCCGAGCAAAUGCCCCGAGGGCACCUGCGACGGCUGCACCUUCCAUUUCCUGUGGGUGACGGCCGAGGGAUGUCCCCGCUGUUGGAAUACAAAUAUUCCAAGCUGGUGAUGGACGCGGCGGCCCGGGAGACCGACGCGACGUCGCCCGAUAGCUGCGCCAUCAUGGAGGGGGAGGACGCGGAGGACGAGCUGCUCUUUGCCACCGAAAUGUCACUUUUUGGAAAACUUAAAGCCCUGACGGCCAAGCGGAUGCCGGAUGGAUUCGACUCGGUCCCACUCAAGACCUCAUCCAGCAGCGCCGAUCGCGAGCUGUAAGAGGACGGGGGGCACCCUCGCAUCCCGCAGCCCUCCCGGGAGUUGUGACGGGCCGGAGGGGCACCCACGGACACCCCGGCCCCCGACAGCUGUGAAGGGAAGGGGGGGGUACCCACGGCCCAUCCCCUGCGCCCCCAACGUGGCCUUAGGGACCCGCUUCGGACCGGAGCCUCGUUACGGCUUUUGUACGUGUGUCCCCACUCGUGUCCCCCACCGUGUCCUCCCCAUCCCAAGCACCUAAAAAUGCCAAAUACAGGA